AUGUCUCCGGCUCAAAUGUCUCAAGAUAAGCCAAUGGAGGACAAUCGAAAUGAUCAUCAGCUCUCAGCUAGUAACGGUUCCGAAGGCGAGUCGGCAUCUACGGUAUUGCAGGUAGAACGACACGACUAUGUUGACCUUGCGCCAACGCAUCGGAAGCGAGCGCAUUCGAUGAACGGGUUUGAUGAUAUCUACACUGAUAUUGUCGACUACAUCGUGCGAUGCACACAUCGGAUAUGGGACGAACGGGACAUUGGCUUGAUCUACACCCAUUACACACACAACUGCACUUUGUAUGGGACAAUGGGAACGCUGUACGAUCGCGAGUCCGUUGUACGCGAUACCAUUCAGCGGCUCGUCUCAUUUCCCGAACGGCGAGGCAUGGCGACGCAGGUGCUGUGGAACGGCAACGAUAAGGAUGGGUUCUAUACCUCACAUCUUGUGACUGGCUCCGGCCGACACACGCAGUUUGGUCACUAUGGCCCGGCGACAGGGAGGACAUUUGUCUCUCGCACCAUUGCGGAUUGCAUGAUCUACAGGAACCGCAUUUAUCGAGAGUGGGUUGUAGCUGACAACAUGGCUAUCAUCAAGCAACUUGGUCUGGAUGGAGAGGUGCUGGCUGAGGACGCAGCUAAAACCCUGUUUGAUAAGGGACUCGAGGCUGUUGACAUUGGCGAGAAUCGCCGGCUGGUUGGCCAGUUGUCUCCAGAGGAAGAAGGCGAUACCUCGAUCGCAAAUAACGACAUCGAGACCGAGACACUUUUGUGGCUACAUGAGGUUUGGAACCGCCGUAUGUUCGGGCGUAUCACCAAGGUCUACGCUCCCAAUGCACAGUAUCACGGCCCGAAGAUGGUUGAGCUUUACGGCCCUGCCGCCGUUCUACAUCAGCACCUCGGUCUGCUUGGCUCCAUUCCCGAUGCCGUCUAUACACCCCAGCAUAUAUGUUCCAACCCAUGCGAUGAAGGAGGUAUCAAAGUUGCUGUGCGGUGGGUAUUGGAGGGUCACCACUUGGGUUAUGGACAUCUGUCCGAGCUGGGCAAGCCUACGGGUCAGCGACUUCAAGUCAUGGGAAUUACGCACUAUCAUUACCGCAAUGGCCAUAUCGUGGAUGAGUGGAACGUGUAUGACGAGUUUUCCUUGCUGACGCAAAUCAAGCUCGGCAAGAUGUUGAAAACCUAA